AACUGGUUUCCAAAAAUAAUAAAAGCAUUGAUUACUUUAAUGAAUUCCCAACCAACAUCAUCUCAUUUAGUCAACAAACCAUUAUCUCCAUAAAAAGAGAUACAGGCAAAGAAAGAAAAAGAGACUUGGAAGAAAAGAAAAGAAAAGGAAUACCCUUCUGUACCCUCCUCUCCCCUUCUUUGCUUCUCAUGUAAUUAAGUUCCCCUUGGCUGCUUUUCCACCCCAUGUUGUCUCUGCACAUGAAAACUUUCACACUCUUUUUUUGGCUAGUCUGCAUUCUGCAACUAUAAGCCAUCAUAUUCUUGUUUUUGAGGAUAUUGAAAGUGAAUGAUUUCGUCUUUCAUUGGUUAGGUGAAGAGAAAUGCUAUGAUAUUACUACUUCUGUAGUUUUUGUGAUGGGAUCUGUAGGUGAUCCAAAAACCUUGGUGCCAUACCUGAACAGCAGAGACUGUUCUAAGGGCUUUUGCAGCUUGUACUGUCCUCAGUGGUGCUACAUCAUCUUCCCUCCUCCACCUCCCUUGGAAUUUCCUCCUGAUGAUUCCAGCCCAACUUUCUCUCCUCUUGUCAUCGCCAUAAUUGGGAUCUUGGCCAGUGCUUUUCUUCUUGUAAGUUACUAUACAAUCAUAUCCAAAUAUUGUGGCACUGUGGAUUCAUCAAGAAGAAGAAGAGAAAGCCACGAGCAGAGUGAAGAACUUGAAGACAAUCACAAUCCAUCUCUCCACGAGCCGUGGCAGACCGGGACGACUGGCUUGGAUGAGGCUUUGAUCAAGUCCAUUACAGUCUGCAAGUACAAGAAGGGAGAUGGGUUGAUAGGAGAAACAGAUUGCUCUGUUUGUCUCAGUGAAUUCCGAGAAGAUGAGAGCUUAAGACUCCUCCCGAAAUGCAGCCAUGCCUUCCAUGUCCAUUGCAUUGAUACGUGGCUCAGAUCUCACUCCAAUUGCCCUUUAUGUCGUGCCAACAUAAUCUUCAUCACUGCUUCACCCCUUCCGCUGCCUCCUCUGGUGACUGAAACUCCCUCCGGUAAUCGAUCUUCCGGUCAUAAUGAAAAUACAGCCGCCGACGCAGAAAGGAGUGGUCAGAGACCGGAAAGGGUUCCACAGAACGAGGCCAAUGAAGCGCCGACAAGUCCGUUUCGUGCUUUUAGUGAUUUGGGGAACUUUCAGACAAGAGACGUCAUAAUAGAAAUUAGUGAUGAAGGGUAUCAGCAGGUAAGAAGAUCGGUUUCCAUGGAUCAUUCACCCCGUGUCUCAGUUGCUGACAUUCUGCAGACGAAUCAAGAUGAAGACGGUGGAGUAUGCGGCGCAGGAUCAUCGAAACAAUCAUCGGAGGCGGCGGCCAAGUCCGGCAAUAAAAAGAGAAUGAAAAGAUCCUUCUCCAGUGGGAGAUUCUACCUCACUAGAGGGAGAGUCAGAGACACAGUUAUUCCUCUCUGACUCUGAAAAAUACAAUCUUUUCUCUUCUUUUCUUUUCUUUUCUUUUUUAACAGAGAUUAGAAAUUUUGUGUGACUCGUCUUACAUUUAAUGAUUCUAUAAGAGAUGGACAUUUUCAAAAUGUGAAAUUUGUUGAGAAGUUCUUCUUGUUUAAGUGGCUACCAAUGCUUUUGAAGGAUAAUCCCAUUCUAAUAGAAGUAAAAUUUGAGU